AUGUCUCGAUUCUCUCUAACCGGUCGCACUGCACUCGUCACUGGCGGUGCUCGAGGCUGUGGCCUGGCGUUCGCGAGAGGGCUCGCUGAAGCUGGGGCCAAUGUAGCUGUGUUUGAUAUUAUCGAGCCAAGCGAAGGGUUUCAUUCUAUGGAAAAGGACUAUGGUAUUCGCACAGCAUUCUACAAAGUCGAUGUUUCCUCUCAAGAGUCUCUCGAAAACGCCUUCAAAGCUUUCCAAUCUGACUUCUCCAAUGCCCUGGACAUUUGCGUCCCCUGUGCUGGGAUUAAUCGCCACCUCCCGUUCCUUGAGUUCACCUUCAAAGACCACCAAGACCUAUUAUCAAUCAAUGUGAUGGGUCUGUUUUUCACGGCCCAAUUAGCAGCGAAGCAGAUGAUCGCCAACGGGACCAAACAUGGCAGUAUUGUCCUAGUGGCGAGCAUGGCGAGCCACGUUGCCGUCAGAGAUCAGCUUUGUAGCGCAUACUGUGGAUCCAAAGGGGCUGUGAGGGCGAUGUGUCCGGCUAUUGCGAAGGAGAUGGCGCCUUAUGGCAUCCGAAUGAAUUCAAUCUCUCCAGGAUAUGUCCGCACCGAGAUGACGGCCGCGUUCCCCCAUCUUGUGGAAAAUUGGAAAGCCGACGCGAUGAACGGCCGGAUUGCCGAACCCGACGAUAUCAUGGGGGCGUGCGUUUUCCUGGCCAGCGACGCAAGCGCAUACAUGACCGGGGCAGAUAUUGUCGUGGAUGGGGGGGUGACGAAGUGGUAG